AUGCCCCUCCCACCACGGUUGUUCCCCGGCGACGUCGAGCUGGGGAAACGAGACGAUGACCACAGGCCAGGCACGAAGAUAACGAAUCCCCUUGGGUUGGGGCUGGGGCUCCUCUGGGAGCCGCGGCGGCUGCCUCAUGCGCCGCAUCGAAGAAGCAUACGGCGGUUCGCAUUGGGCGUGUUGGCUUUAAUCGCCCUUUACUAUUUUUUCAACAACAUACCAACUGAUCUCGGCCCUCCAAGAAAGCGGCCAUAUUACAACCCCCCAGAUAGCGGACCGACACCAGCACUCCCGACAGGUUUGAAGACGUCAUCUGCGGAACCUCCACAUAAGCACAAGCAAGAGCAAGAAGAGGACGGAGUGGAAAUACUACGACGUAAUUUCAAUGGCCCGAUCAAGUUUUAUAAGCUUGCCUCGUCACUUCGGGCCGCUCCGACGGCAAGACCUGCUGAUCUAUACAACCGAGAUAUCCUCUUCGCCGCUGCUAGUUUGAAAAGUGCUGCCAUUUUGCUGCCUAUCGCCUGUGACAUGGCUAUGCGCAAAAGGAACUUUGUACAUUUUGCUCUUAUGGGGAGGGACCCUAUCUCGAUAGACAUAUUGAAAUCGGUAAAUGGUAUUUCAGAGGAUUGCGGGAUCCUAUUCCAUGAUGCACGUCCUGAUUUCUCUACCACUAGCACCGACUUUCGCAUGGAAGUCAGUAGUUCCGCAGCCUUCAAUCAUAUCAACAACUUUGUGAAACCAAAUGCAGCGUUGGUGGAUGGGUCAGGAGGAGAAGAGCCAUUCUUUCUAAAGGGUAUCAAGGCGAGAGCCUUGGCUCUUCAAAAGACAGUAAUAGAACUCCCUGAGAAUGCGGAACAAAAUUUGAUGUGGAUCACAUUAUUGGAUAGCUCCUCACUAAGUGCCUGGAACAUGGCCAGUAUUGACAUUGCUGUGCAUGCUCAGCCUUCCGCCUCCGGGUCAUUGAUGAGAUUGCUCGACUCUUUAACGAGGGCAGACUUUUUCUCCAGUGCGCCGCCGCGUUUAACAAUCGAAUUACCCAACCAGAUUGACGAACCUACCAAAGAAUAUUUAGCUCGAUUUAAGUGGCCCCCGAAUAGGGUUGAUAAUUCGGGCAGCUUGCUGACAUUGCAUCAUCGAAUUUCCCAACAUAAAGCUACAGCGGAAGAAAAUUCGAUCCGUUUUCUCGAAACUUUUUGGCCCGCCGAUCCGUGGACAUCCCAUGUUCUAGUGCUCUCGCCCCAGGCAGAGCUUUCACCUCUAUUCUUUCACUACCUCAAGUAUACAUUGUUAGAGCACAGAUAUUCGAAUGAUAACCCGGCCUUACAUUAUAAUAUGAUGGGAAUCAGCUUGGAUCUCCCUUCAACAUACCUCAACGAUUCUUCUGCGUUCACGCCACCAGCCACUAAUACGUCGGACGUCACUCCCUUCCUCUGGCAAGCACCAAAUAGCAAUGCAGCUUUAUAUUUUGGGGAUAAAUGGGUUGAGCUCCAUGAUUUUGUAGCUCGACUUCUUACAUCGCAACAUAAUCUACCCACCCCACCGACAUUGAACGAGAAGUUGGUUAGCAAGACGUACCCUUCUUGGCUCGAGCAUGUCUUGAAGCUCAUCCGCGCUCGGGGGUACUGGCUCUUAUAUCCAGGUCUAGAGAAAACAGAUUCUCUUGUCACCCUUCACAACGAUCUAUAUCUACCGCCUGACGAGUAUAGGGAGGAUGUCGAGAUGGGGGCAGAGUCUGACCAGGGAGAGCUAACCGCUGAUCCUGACCGGCACCUGUCUCUUAAACACACAGAGACUCCGCUAAUUACUAAACCCCUCCUGACCCUCUUACCUUUUAGUGGAAGUCUUCCGAAGGUCGCGGGAAUGCCACUGCUGAGCUGGGAUGGGGAGAGAAUUGAUGCAGGUGAUAUUGGAAACCAUGCUGCUAGUUAUAGUGUGCUAUUCCGGGAGGAGAUCGGAGGUUGCGACGCCUCUGCAGCCCUGGAGCCGGUCCUUGGACUAACUGCGGAGGACUUGUUCUGCUUAGAUAGUGCGCCGGCCGAGGGCUAG